AUGGACGUGUCGCUGAAUCAACUCGAUGCCGCCACUCGUGGCAAAGCAGCCAGGAUUAGCUGCACCAUCGACCGAGCCCGUUACGAGGAAGGUGAUGAGCCAACUGCGGCGAGCCAGCCGAGCGAACCGAAAGCGGAAUCACGCCUAACCGAAGGAUGGAUUGUGGAGUCGAUCAGACAGGAUUAUUACUGUGGUUUCGUGUGGUUUUGCUCCAUUCUUUAUUGUAAUAAGCCUACACUUAUCCCGACACAAAAACACUGUAACCUACUCGUUCUA